AUGGGGUCAUCAACGGCGCUCACCACAAAGGUGACAUCUGGGAGUCCUUAUCAACUCGACAAGAGCCAGGUCACCAAAGCUUCAUCUGCACUCCUACGACACAUCAAAUCAAAGCAGACCGAGCAGGAAGCGACCGCGACCAAGAAGACUUUGAUCGGUGACAAUGACUCCGACUCCGAAGCCGAAGAUACCCCUCUACACAACGAAGCCGUAUGGCUCGUGUUCACGACGAAAAAGCACGUCGUCGACAAAAACCGUCUGAAGCCGGGCAAAAUCAGCAUCCCGCAUUCGCUGAAUGCGUCGCCGGCGCUGAGCAUCUGUCUUAUCACCGCCGACCCGCAGCGCUCUGUCAAGAACAUUGUUGCCGACUCGUCCUUCCCCGAGCAUCUGUCCUCGCGCAUUGAGAAGGUCAUUGGGUACUCGAAGUUGAAGGAUAGGUAUAAGAGCUUUGAGAGCCGGAGGCAGCUGCUUUCUGAGCACGAUGUCUUUUUGGCUGAUGAUCGCAUUAUUAUGCGCCUGGUCAAGACUCUUGGGAAAGUGUUCUACAAGUCUAGCAAGCGACCGAUUCCUGUGCAGCUUGCGCAAAUUGAGAAGGCCAAUGGGAAGCGGGUGAAGAAGGACGACAAGCAGAAGAAGAAUGAGGAUGAUGGUGCUGCGUUUGCCAGUCCGGCUGUUAUUGCGAAGGAGGUUGAGAAGGCGCUUAACUCUGCACCUGUACAGCUUGCGCCAGCUACGACUGCGGCGAUCCGCGUUGGAUCGUCGAACUUUACGCCUGAGCAGCUCACUGAGAAUAUUGAUGCUGUGGUGAAGGGGUUGACUGACAAGUUCAUUUCGAAGGGGUGGCGGAAUAUCAAGGCUCUUCAUGUCAAGGGAGCCAAUACCAUGGCGAUGCCAAUUUGGCUGGCGAGCGAGCUGUGGGUGGAGGAGACCGAUGUCGUGGAGGCCGUGGAAGAUGGCGAGACUGACGGGAAGAACAAGAAGCGGAAGCAGAUCGAGGAGGGCGACCAGAAGCUCUUAGAAGGAGGCAACAAGAAGUCUCGGAAGCAGAAGAAGACCGACGAUGACGAUGAGGCCUCGUCCCUAGCAGCCCGCAAACAGAAGCUCGAGAAGCAAAAGGCCCAGGCGCUGGAAGACGGAGAGGCUGCGGCCGUGAAAGUAUCGUCUGGUCCGGCGAAGAAGAAGAAAAAGUCCCUUUCAUGA